AUGGUUAUUUUACCUGUUGUCAUGCAAGGUAUCUUGAAAAUCCGGCCUGUUGGGGAGAGGCCUGAGGACAGGCCAUUGUCCAGCUAUAACAGCCUCACAGACAGACAUCUAAAGGGAUAUUUCAACAAUACACGAAUAAGAAGACAUCUUCAAAGAGCUGGACUGAUUACAAAAAGUGGAAAAAUAUUGUCUGAAAAGGAAUACAGAAUAAAUGCAAUGAGACAUGAUAAUCAAAGAUACAUACGAGAAUGCCUUGCUCAAGCAAUAUUUCACAAAGUCCUCGAUAUGGAGCGUCACCAUCAAACUGAAAUAAAAAGAAAACUUGAAACAUUUGUCAAAAAAGAACAAGUUCAAAAAAUUAAGGCGGAUCAUUCAAAAAAGGCAGAAGAAGAAACAAUCCUGUUAUUUUCACCUCAUCCUCCAGCAGGCGCAAGAUGUGGGCUCAGCCGCCAAAUAGCAAUUGAAGGGGAACGUUCUGAUUCGUCAGACUCUGUGUCACCUCGACCAAAUACUGCGCCAGGGAACAUACAACGCCCGGUUCGGUUACAACCUCUUCAGGGAUAUUCUGCAAAGGCACCAAAGACAUCAUCUGGUUUACGGCACAAACACUCUUUUUAUGAGCAAGAACAGCAUCUUCGCAGCAAGGUUGAUAGAGAUUUAAUAAAGCUAAUUAAAUCAAUGGAUCAUUCAGCUGGAGUAUCUCCUUAUCAACUUCCCAUUAUCAACAACUUUGUGAUACCUGCACCUCCGCCACCUAAAAAGAAUCAGAAAUUUGAGAAUCAACCUUUGAACUGCACAUUCAGACGCAGGCGCUUCCGUCCAACUACAGCACCAAAUGCACUUGAACUUUCAGCCAAGGAUUCUGGGAAAUUUCACAAAAUAUCCUUACACAGCAAUGUCACCGUCACCAUGAUUUAUCUAGGAAAGAAAGUGCACUUAUCCCACGGUGAUGAUAACAGAGAUGAAAUCAAAAUUUUCCAGCAACAUUGCGGUGGUGAAAACCUUUGUGUAUUUAAAGGCAGGCUUCUGGAGGAAGAGACGUUUCAUUUCAUUUCGAGGAGGCAUCGUGGAUUUCCAUUCAGCCUCACAUUUUAUAUUGAUGGCCUUCAAGUGGAUCGGCUGAGUUCUUGCUGUGAAUACAAACAUCGUAAAGGCGCAAUUCUGGGAGGCAAAAAUGGUUAUUUUGGAUUCAUUAAUGUUGAAGGUGCUUCUCCUUGCUACAGAUGCAUUAUUGCCAUGGGUCUUGAUAAAAAACCAUCUCCUCCACCAAAAAAAACGAAAGAGGAAGAAGAAAAUAAGGAUAAGUAUAGUGACCACCAGAAAGAUGAAUCGAUGAUGGAUGAGGAUGUUCCUGAUGAAAAGAAGGCUGAUGAGGAUCCAACCCUUGAAACAAACGAAGAGAAAAGUGAGAUGGAUUAUGAAGAAGAAAAUAUAGUUAAAGAAGAAGAAAAGGGAGACAAAUCUGAUGCUUAUGAAGCUGACGAUGAAUCUAAAGAUGCUUAUGAAGAUGAUUUUGAAAUGGAUGAGGAGAAGCUAGAUGAGAAAGUUAAUGAAGAAGGACAGGUUCAUGAUCAAGUGAAUGGAAACUCAAAGUCACCCUCAGAUGAUGAAAAAGAUGAUUUAGACCAUGAAGAGAACUGUAACAAGUCAUCAAACGCGGCACCAGAGGCUGCUGACAGUGAGACAGAUGAAAGAGAUGGCCAUUCUGACAGCGAAUUGGAUAAACAAGAUAGGAAGCACAGCACAGAAUCAAUUUCCUCCAGCAGUACAAUAUCUAGCAGCUCUAGUGAAGAUGAUUCGGAUGGUGAAAAUAAUGAAGAAGCAACUGAGGACCCUAAAGUUGCUGAAACAGAGCAGCAUCAAGAAGUUCCUGAAGAACAUGAUGAUAGUACUUCUCUUCAUGCAUAUACAGGAGCAGAAAAUGAUGUGGAAGCUCAUGAAUCAGCUGAUGAACCAACAGAAGAUAUCAAUACAGGUGCAGGAAAAGUGCAGGAACAAUAUCUUGAAGGAAAUGCUUCAGACACUGAUGAUAUUUUGGAGGAACCACAGCCAUCAACCACCGAAGAGCAGAGUGAUAAAGACUGUGCGAGCUCCUUACCAAAUGAUACAAAUGUUACUGAUUGUGAAGCCCUAGAAACUCGAACUGAGAAUGAUAUUGAAGCAGACAAUGUCACUGAUAUUAAACCUUCUGAGAAUGAAGAAGGUGAUUGCAAAUCAGUGCAAGAGAAAAUAGCUGAAGCCAUUGAUACGGAUGAUCAAUUGACCUCUGAACCGGAGCCCAGUGAUUCAAGCACAGAUGAAGAGGAUAAUUUAAGGAAUGCCUUUGUCAAGAGCAAGUUGUUAGAAGAACCUACUAUGGUAAAGAAAACAACUCACGGACAAUCAACUUUAAAAGAAGAAGAUAAAGCUGGUGAAGUGGAAUAUGGCAAAUAUAAUGCAAACUUAAAAGAGAACAUAUUUGCAUUAGAAGCACAGAAUCUAGACCUGUCUAUAGAAGGAGAUGAAUCUCAGAAUGAUAUAAAACAUGGGAAGUUAGAGUCUGAACACAAAACAGAGAAUGCAAAUGAAAGAAUACAGGAAGAGAUGGAGGUGGAUGACAUUGACAACAAAUUUAAAACCGAGGACAAUUCUCAAGGAGAAUUGGAAAACAAAGAAGAGACAAGCGAAUUGUUUGCAUGCAACGUGUAUACCCUAUCUACUAGUUUCAGUAAGAAAGACAGAGAAACAUCAAGUAAUGAAGAAUCUACAAGUGUUGACAUAUAUAGUAGAGAAAAUAUAACAGAAGUGGGUAGUACUGAGGUGGAAGAUACAAAUAAUGUUAUGGUUACUGAGGGAGAAGGUGCAGUUAGUGUUUUGGGUACUGAAGAAGAAGGUGCUGUUAGCGAUAUGGGUACUGAGAUGAAAAGUGCAGUUUGUGAUGUGGGUACUCAGGGGGAAGAUGCAGAUAGAGAUGAAGGUAUAGAGGAGGAAGUUGCAGAUGGUGAUGUAGAUCCUGAAGGGGAACAGGCACUUGAUGAUACGGGUACUGAAGGGGAAGAUGCAAAAGGAGAUGUGGGUUCUGAUGGAAACGGUACAGUGCAUAAUGCGGGCACUGAAGAGGAAGGUGCAAAGAAUUAUGUGGCUACUGGUGGAGAAUGUUCAGAGGGUGAUGUUGGUGAUGAGAGGGAUGGUACAGAGAGUGAUGUAGACACUGAGGGGGAAGGUGCAAAGGGUGAUGUGGGUUCUAAAGUUAAAGGUGCAGUCAAUGAUGCAGGCAAUGUGGAGGAAGAUGCAGUUUGUGAUGAGAGUAUUGAGGGAGAAGGUGUUGUUGGUGAUGUGGUAACUGAAGUAGAAAGUGUUGUUGGUGAUAUGGGUAAUGAUGGAGAAGAUGCUAUUGGUGAUGUGGGUUCGGAAGAAAAAGUUGAAGUUGAUAAUGUGGGCACUGAGGAAGAAGGUGCAGAGGUUGAAAUGGAUACUGAUGGAAAAUGUGCAAAGGGUGAUGUAAGUACUGAGGGGGAAAGUGCAGAGGGUGAUGUUACUGAUGUAGAAGGUGCAAAGGGUGAUGCAAGUUCUGAAGGAAAUGGUGCAGUCAAUGAUGUAGACAUCGAGGAGGAAGGUACAGUUGAUGAUGAGUGUACUGAGAAAGAAGGUUCUGUUGGUGAUGUGGGUUUUGAAGGAAAUGGUUCAGUUGAUGAUGUGGUUACAGAGGAGGAAGUAGCAGAUGGUGAUGUGGUUACAAAGGAGGAAGGUGUAAAUAGUGAUAUGGUUACUGAGGGUGAAGGUGCAGUUAGUGAUAUGGGAACUGAGGGAAAAGGUGGAAUUGGCGAUUUAGAUACUGAGGGGGAAGGCAAAGGUGGUAGUGUGGGUACUAAGGGAGAAGAUCCUGUCAAUGAUGUGGUUACUAAGGGAGAAGAUCCUGUCGGUGAUGUAGAUACUGAGGGAGAAGGCACAGGUGAUAUUGUGAGUACUGAGGAGGGAGGUGCAGUUGAUGAUACUGGUACUGAGGAAAAAGGUGCAGAUGAUAAUGUGGGCUCUAAAGGUGAAGAUGCACUUGGCGAUGUGGUUACUGAGGAGGAAGGUGCAGUUACUGGUAUAGGUAGUAAGGUAGAAGGCGCAGAUAAUCAUGUUGGUACUGAAGGGGAAGAUGCAGUUGGUAAAGGUGACGAGGGUGAUAUGGAUACCGAAAGGGGAGAAAAAGUUUGUCACAUGGAUACUGAGGGAGAAACGGAAGUAGGUGAUAUGGGUACUGAGAAGGAUGGUGCAGUUGGUGAUCUAGGUACUGAGGGGAAAAGUGCAGAGGGUUAUGUGUGUACUGAAGGAGAACUUGCAGAUGGUAAUGUGGGUACUGAGGGGGAAGGAGCAGUGGGUGUAGAGGUUGAUGUGGGUACUGAGGGAAAAGGUGCAGUGGGUGAUGUGGGUACUGAAGGGGAAAUUGAAGAUGUUGAUGUGGGUACGGAGGGGGACAGUACAGUAAGUCAUAUGGGUACAGAGGGGGAAGGUGCAAAGGCUGAUGAAGGUACUGAUAGAAAAUGUACAGAGGGUGAUGUGAAUACUGAAGGGAAAAUUGUAGAGGUUGGUGUGGGUACAGGGGGCGAUGGUGCAGAGGGUGAUAUGGGUACUCAGGGGGAAGGUGCAGAAUUGAAUAUGGGUACUGGGGAAAAAUGUGCAGAAGGUGAUGUGGGUACUGAGGGAGAAGGCAGAGAGGGUGAUGUGGGUACUAAAGAGGAAGGUGCACGGGGCGAUGUGGGUACUGAGGGAGAAGGUGUAGGAGAUUAUGUGGGUACUGAGGAAAAAUGUGCAGAGGGUGAUGUGGGUACUGAGGAGGAAGAUGCAGGGGGUGAUGUGGGUACUGAGGAGGAAGUUGCAGGAGGUAAUGUGGGUACUGAGGAAGAAUGUGCAGAAGGUGAUGUAGGUACUGAGGGGGAAAGUUCAGGGGGUGAUGUGGGUACUGUGAGGGAAGGUGCAGAGGGUAGUGUGGGUUCUGAAAGCGAAAUUGAAGUUAUAGAUGGUCCUGUGAUCACUGAGGUAGAAGACUUGCCAGUCAGUAUUAGUGAGAAAGAGGAAGGGGAUUUGUACAAGGGAGAAGAAGAUGCUUCUUUGAAUGCAGUCAUUACAGUGUCUCAGGAAACUGGCCAAAAGACAAAUAUAACUGGUGAAAUUUUAGAUUCAGAUGAAGAAGGUGAUUCUGUAAAAGAAGCUGCAACAGACAGAGUCAGUUAUUCUGAAGUAGAAAAUGUAGAAACAAUGACAAAGAUGUGUUCCACAGAACAAAAUAACCUGAUUGUGAUGAAGAAGGAAGGCGAUGCCGAAGAGGCACAAGGUGCCAUGGUGCAAAUGGAUAACAUUCCUAAAAAUGAGACAUCUAGUGAGGAAGAACCAUCAGCUGCAAUUAUUGUCACUGAUGAUAUAAAUAACACAAAGAAGCAAGUCAGUAAUACAGAUACACUGGUAGAAGAGAUUACUGGUGAUAUAGAUACCAAUGAGUAAGAUGGGCCAAAACUAUUAAAUGGUGUUGUAAACCAUUCAGAUGAAGUGGAAAAACUGGGUGUUGAUUUAAAAGAGGAAUCAUUCAGCAAUGAGAAUGACCAUACAACAGUAAAGGGAGAAAUGUUUAGUGCACAGGAAGUUACCACAGUAACGGAAAUGUAAAAACAGUACAUUGGUUACAGCUGCUUUUGGAAAACAAUAAUGAACAUGUAGUUAUAGGCAAAACAUCAGACCUCACAGAACAGAAAUACAAUGCAAUCAUAAAGACUUCUUGGUCUAGAUUCAUUAAUGCUCAUGAGAAUGGCGAGGGGCCGUUCUGUGAUAGUGACAUCAUGUUCUGAAUUCAUUGGGCAUCAAUUCACUUAUAUUUUUUCCUUCUUUUUUUUAUUAUUGGGUGUUCCUGUGUAACCUUCAUGAAGUGCCCAAUAAAUGAUAUCCCGUACAUCAAACAAGAACCGUUAGCAACAUGGAGAAAUAAUAAUUACAUAAGCAACACAAUGACUUAUGUAAAUGCUUGUAAUUGAAUUAUUAUAGUAAAGUAGUCUUUAUGGAUUAAAUUAAAGGUGUCUUGGCAAGGGACCAUGAUCAUGGGCAAUAGCAUAGCAUGGUCAAGAUUAUUUAAUUCAUAAUGACUCUAUCGCUCCUUGUGAAAUCCCAACUCACAAUCAUGUCACGUUAUUAUUCUCUUGUUUUUUGUUUUAAAUGUUUUCACAUUUUCUGUUUUGUAGAUUUAAAAAAAAAAAUAAUUUUAAUUAAAUUGUCCUGUAACAUUUUGAAGGUGUUUUUGUAAUGGUGACAUCCUUCACAGUGGUGGAGAAUAUUUUAUGCACCAAGAGAUGAAAACUUACAAAUUACGUGCAGCUUAAUUCAUUAUGAUAAAGAGUGACUUCCAAUUUGCGGAUGUGGCAAGGGACGGUUAUAAAUCUUUGUGAAUUAUGCAAUUUCUGAGUUAUGAUGUUGUGUUGAGUUUUUUUCUACAAAAUUUUAGGUUUACAAAUAGAUUUUAAUGAAUCUAGGCCAAUGAAUUAUCAAUUGCUUAAAAUCUAAAAAAUAAUUGUUACCCACACUGAUGUAAAACACAAUGGAGAAAUACAAAAAAAUUUAUACCUUAUAUUCAGGAACAUUCUAUCAACACAAAUAAAGAGUGCGCCAUCUAGUCAAGUAAUAAAAAAAUACACCCUAUACGAAAACAAACAAUACACAUUUAAAAAACGUUGUGGAAGUGAAAAGAUGUAAUAAAAAAAUCCCAAUAGUUAAUUUGUAAAAAUAACAGUACCACAUAAAAAGUAUUUGAUAAAAUAAUUUCUCUUCACUAAACAACUAAACACAUAUAAUAGACACAAACAAUAAAAGCAAUCUUCUAAAAACAAAUGGAAUACUUGCACUAUUAGGUAAAAACAAUGCCGAGGGGUUAAUAUAUACAUAUAUAUAUAUAUGUGUGUGUGUAUGUACAGUAUAUAUAUAUAUAUAUAUAUAUAUAUAUAU